GCGGCGACGGCGGCGGCGGGGCGGCGCGGCUCCUUGUCGUGCUCGUCUCCCGCCGACGGCGGCUCUUCCUCGUCCCCCGGCGCCGCCUCCCCCUCGCCGCCCUUCGCGCCGUCGUCGGGGCUGGCGCUGGAGGCUCUGGCGGGGCUGUUGGUGCCUCGCCGGGGCCCCUCGCCGCCGCCCCCGGGGCUGGCCGGGCUGGUGCGCUGCGCGCGGGACUGCGGGGGGCAGGCGCAGGCGUCGCCGUCGCUGAGCAGCCUGCUGGUCCUCAGCAGCGCCCGAAUGGGCUCCAUGAAGACGCGGUUCGAGGGCCUCUGCCUGCUGUCGCUGCUGGUGACGGAGAGCGGCUCGGAGACCUUCGCGCAGAACUGCCUGGUUUGGCUGCGGAGCCUCCAGCACCUGCUCCAGUCCCAGGAUCCCCCUGCCACCAUGGAGCUGGCCGUCCUGGUUCUGCGUGAUCUCUUGCGGUAUUCCGCUCAGCUGCCGGAACUGGCCCGGGACAUCGGCACCAACCACAUUCCCGGACUGCUCACCUCUUUGCUGGCUCUCAAACCAGAGUGCCAGCUCCCCGUCCUGGAAGGAUGCCAGGCGUGCAUGAUGUUUUAUCCCCGAGCCUGUGGCUCCUUGCGAGGCAAAUUGGCCACCUAUUUCCUGUCUUGCAUGGAUGCGGAAACGCCUCACCUGCAGCGGCUGGCCUGCGAAUGCUACGCGCUCCUACCUUCUCUGGGCGCAGGUUUCGCACAGGGACUCAAGUACCGCGAGUCCUGGGAGCAGCAAGCGCAUUCUCUGGUGGCCACGUUGCACCGCCUCCUGGGCACACUGUAUGAGGGGGCUGAGACAGAACCGCUGCACUAUGAUGGCCCUGGAGAGGAGGUGCUGCUGCCGCCACGGAACGAAGAGACCAACUCCCUCCUCCUCCUCCUGGCAGAACACCGGUUUGCGGGUUUGGCCAAAUGCCUCUGCCGGAUGCUAAGGAACGAUUUUGGGGCUCCUGUUGCAGUUCCUGUCCAGGCCAUCCUAGACCUCGUCUGUCGAGCCCUUGACGUCUCUGUGAAGAACAUGAGCUGGUUUGGUGAUGGACCCCUCAGGAUGCUGCUGCUCCCCUCGAUCCACCUGGAGGCCCUAGACCUUUUGACUGCCCUCAUCUUGGCUUGUGGUCCUCGCUUGGUGCGGUUUGGGGGGGCCCUCUGCCGCCUCUUUCCCCAGGUGCUGAACAUGUGGCGCGCUGGCCAGGAUCUGUCCUCCCCUGGACUGCAGCGGCCUUACAGUGCGGUUCGGGCUCGGCUGUACCAGGUCCUAGAUCUGUGGGUACAAGUGGCCGGAGCAGCCUCUGGGGUCCUGGUGGGGCACAGCAGCCAAAGCGAUGCCCUGCUGGGACACUUCAUCAGCGACAUCAGCCCUCCGAGCGACACCCUGAAGAUCCAGCUGAGCCCUGCCUCAGAGGGGAAGCCCAGCGCUGCCAAGAAGCCCAAACUGUCCGCAGUGGGCAGCCUCGGGUGCCCGUUCCGUAAGCACGACCCUCAGGCCAACAGCGAUGUGUGCCUGGCCGCCUUGCAAGGCCUGAGCCGGAUCAUCCUCCUGUCUGGCAGCCUUAUGAAGGAGCAGCUCCACACGAGGUUGCAGGAGCUGGUGAUCCCGCUGCUGAUCCGGCUGGGCCAGGCAGAGCUGCCCCUGGGAUCCCCCUUCACCGAAGCCAGCUGCAGGCGUGAACUCUACCGGCUCCUGCUGGCCUUGAGCCUAUCUCCUGCCCCUGCCUGCCCCCCACCUCUGCAUUGCGCCCUCCGGCUGCUGAGCCAGGGACGCACAGAUCCCAACCUUUUGGUCUCCUCCUUCUGCACAGAGGCCGCCGUCAUCUGCAGCGCUCUCCUUCACCCUCGGGUGCCAUCCUUGCAGCUCCCCCUUGCUGCUCCAUCCACCCACUUGCCUGGCUCCUCGGAGGUCUCCCCUGCUGUGAUGGUUGCAGCUGCCACCCUGUCUCCCUUUUGCCCGGCUGUCCCAGUGCCCUUCCCUGGCCCGCGGCCCCUCCCUCCGGCCCCUGGGCCUCUCCCUCCCAACUCGCUGGGCCUGCCCCUGCCUGGGUUUGCAGCCCCUCAGCCGCCCCCCCGCCUUGUCCCCGAGGAGCCUCUUCCCCCUCCAUCUCCGGGCACUGCAGAGGCAGCUGCUCUGGCCACCGGAGCCAAGUUACGGCGCUCUGUCUUCGUCCAUUAUGACAAGGAGGAAGAAGAGGACGUUGAGAUCUCUCUGGAGAGCGACUCGGACGACAGCGUGGUCAUUGUGCCCAAGGGGCAGCUGGGAAAGACAACCAGCACCCUUAACUCUGCCACAGUCCCUGCGGCUGCUCCAGCCCCCCCGCCCCUGCCUGCCCCUCCUGCGCCCCCUCCUCUCCCCACAUCCCCUUUGGUGGCCUGUGAGGAGGCCCCCUUGGAGCCCCCAACGCCCCUUUCCCUAGGGAUCCCACCGCCUCCCUCGGCAACGCCGGUGCUACCGUCUUCCCCGGUUGCAGUAGCUGCCGAAGCCCCCCUGCCUGCUUUGCUGGAGGAGGACCCCACCGUCAUCAACAUCAACAGCAGCGAAGAGGAGGAGGAGGAGGAGGAUGACGAUGACUUCCCAGAGGACGAAGAGUAUCUGGAUGAGGAAGAGGAGGAAGAGUUUGAUGAAGAGGAGGGGGACUUUGAGGAGAUGGACGAGGAAGAGGAUGACUUUGAUGAUGAUGACGAUGAGGGCCUGACGGAGGAGGAGGAAGAGGAGGAAGAGGAAGGCCUGACGGAGGAGGAAGAGGAGGAGGCGGGGCUGCCGCCUCCACUGGCCCGAAGGAACGAAGACGAGCCUCCAGCGCUCCUGCCUGCUGUGAAAGAUGGGCCCCUCAAGCUGGAGGAGGAGGAGGAGGAGGAGGAGGAAGAGGAGGAUGGGGGAGCUGGGCUGCUGAUGGAGGUUGAGGAGGAAGCCUUCCACCCCCCUGAGGAGGAGCAGGAGCAGGAGGGAGAGGAGGGAGAGCGGACCGUGGGGGCGGAGGAGGACACGGCCUUGCCUUUGCUCCCUGGGGCCCAGCCCCUCCCUUUGCCUCCCCUGCAGGAGGGGCCUGGCCUGCGGGGGCCCCCCAUGGACCAGAAGGGCCACUCUGAGCAGAAGGAGGGCACCGUGGAGGCAGCAUCUGCCAUGUCUCUGCAGCCGGAGGAGGCCAUCCACGUAGGCUCCAGCGUGGACCGGGGACAGGCUGGCCCAGACUCUGCGGCUGAGCAGGGGGAUCCGGAGAAGGUGCUGCAGCCUGACGAAGAGGUGGUGGAAGUGAAGGAGGAAGAGGCCAGAGCCCUGGAUGAGACGGAGGCCAUGCUGGCAGACUUUGUGGACUGCCCGCCGGACGAGGAGAAAGACCCCUCCCAGCCUGGCUCCUGAAAUGAGUGGGGGGCCUGCUCCAAACAGCCUUUGGUGUUUUUUCACUCUGGAAGUUCAAUAAAGUUUUUCCCUGGAGCACG